AUGGGCCAGUGCUCCACACAAGAUGCUGUUGGACCUCAACUUCAGCUUAGAGGAGAUUCGGGCAACUCCUUUGCUUCAGUGGACUUGGCAUCCAGAUUUCAGGAUGGGGCCAAAGAAGAUACGUUUGUGGUGAACAGCCGACAAGUGGAUUUGGAGGUAGUUCGAAAUCAACGAGCUGAGGCUGCGGUGGCGUCCAGCAACAUGAGUCAGAUGGUUCGGAGAAAUACUCGAACUGCUCUUCAAGAACAGUCUGAGGGCCGAGGGAGCUUAUUUUCAUCGUCCGAGAUGCGAACUGGAUUUCAGCGAAUUUCAACGUCAUUGCGUAUGUCAAGAAUGGGUACCAUGAAGAGAAACCAGAUGAUUGAAGAUGUCACAGAAGCAGCUCCAAAAGAAGGCUUACAAGGAGCUAGCCUCGAACAACGUCUUCAGACUUUUGGCAUGCAGAUGGUGGAAAUGGCUGGUGAUGGCAAUUGCCAGUUCCGAACGAUCGCUUUCAAUCUCUUCAGGAGUCAGGACCAUCAUGCUGCUCCUCGAAGAGCAGCGGUGGCACACAUGAAGAAGCAUGCUGACUUCUUUGGCGUUUUCUUUGAGGAUGAGGCAGAGUUCCAGAAGUAUUUGAAGAACAUGUCAAUCUCUGGCACCUGGGGAGACGAACUGACUCUUCGGGCUGUUGUUGAAGCCUAUGGGUGCAUUGCGCAUGUUGUCACUUCUGAGCCGAAGAAUUGGCACUUGGUCUACGAACCAGAAAACACAGAAGUGGAUCCUGCGAUUGCAGUUUGCCCCAAGGGCAUGGAUAUGCCAAAACCAAGGAAGCAGAUUUUUCUUGCCUACAUCUCGCCAAUACACUACAAUGCAAUUGUUGCACGCAAAGCCGGAUGA